AUGACGUCUGAUCAACAAAAUGGAAAAUCUCCAUUUUUGCCAAGAACAACGAUGGAUAACGAGGAAAACAAAAACAACACCAACAAGUUUAGGAGAACAAACAUUAAUUCUCUUUAUUCCUUCAAUUUCAAUCGGUUCCAUUAUUGUGUUUUGUUAUGCUGGCUGUUUGGAAUUUUCUUCGCAACCCAAAUGAUUUUUUCCGUAUUUUCAAAUUAUAUACCAAAAUGGAAAUGUUUAUCAAAUAAUACCACAAAUUUUGCUAGAAAUUGUACAAUAUAUCAACAAUGUCCAGAGAAUUUGAUACAAUUUGAAGAGAACAUACCUUUUCAUUCAGCGGCAAUGGAAUUUGGUUGGAUUUGUGGAGCUAAUGCAUAUAAUCGAGCUUUAUUUAGGUAA